AUGGAAUUUAUACGCGAUCAAAUGAAUGAUCAUCCGGAAUACGAUCUGAAAGAUGCUGAUCCAGAACCGAGCGAGAUUUUAUCCACAAAAAAAGCUUCAGAAGACAAAGAAAACAUUCAACCCUUGAAGGACUCAAAUGUUACAGGCAAAAAGAAAACAGUCAGUUCAAAGACCGGAAAGCCAAAGAAAACCGCUAAACGCUGGCUGAUUCCUCAGAUGAAUCUGAUGACUGAAGAGGAGUUCAACAAAUUGACAAGGCAUGAUAGAGGGCGACUCAAAUACUUGCAGCUGAAAAUUUAUAUGGAUGAGAUAAAUGAGGAGUUCCGCAAAAAGUACGACAUUUUGGGUCGCUUCAUGAACAAGGUCAAAAUCACAGCAGAUGAGAAAUUCGCCGCGCAAACCUUCUUCAACGACGAUGAUGACGGAGGAAAGUACAACUUGAGCGAAAAAGAACUUUCUCAAUGCUCUUUCUUCAAGAAAGGCCAUACAAAGGGGCAAAUAUUGAAUAUUCUGAAGAACACAAGUCGCAUAUCAGAAAAACGAAGAGCCAAAAAGACCACUCUCUUCCAUCUCACCGAUCCAAUUAUCGAAGAAAUCACCAAAUAA